AUGGCCGUCCAAGAAUAUCCAAGCUGGCUGGCUAGUUUUCUGGCUGAUACCAAUCCUCCUCCCAAACUAUAUGCCUGGUCUCCUGCGAACCUUGACAUUCAAUCCGGUCGAACUGAAAACUCUCCCAAAGAUCAACAAAAGCUUGCUUUUCAAAAUGAUUCUCCAAGUCCAAGAAAUCGCAUUCACAUCAUCGGGCCGGGUAAUAUUGGAAGGCUCUACGCCUGCUACAUGGCCCAGCAUGCCAACCCACUACCAAUCACUCUAGUAGUGCAUAGAAAAGAGCUACUUUAUUCUUGGGUGAUGAGUGAGGGUCUAGGGAUCAUAGAUCCUGUGAAGGGCACGGUCUUGAAGAACAAAGAUUUCGACGUUGAAUGGUGGACAGAGACUCAACCUGACCACGGUCCAAUAAGAGAAGUUGCCGAUGGAAAGAAGUUACGAAACGUGUUUGUAUCGACCAAGGCUGCAGAUGGUUUGGUCGAGGUCGAUCGAAUGCGUCGCUACCUCGGGUGGUCGAGUUCGGUCGUGUUUGCUCAGAAUGGGGUGUGCAAGCUUUGGCCUCCUCAUGGGCCUUUGUACGUUGCCAGUCGAUAUAGUCCCGACGAUGAACCGACUUUCUCGGCUUGUGUGGUGAAACAUGGCGUAUCGUCAGCGGGACCGUUUCUCAGUGUCCAUGCAGCUCCAGCGGAUGCAUACAUUGGGACUGUCUUCCGCUCGAAGCGGAUCAAACGACACAUCGAUGAUCCAUUCAUCAGAUAUAUCGUCACAUCUCCUUGUUUGAACACCCAACGGGUUUCUUCGGGUGAGCUCUGGCUUCUUCAGUUAGAAAAGCUGGUUAUCAACGCUGCAAUUAAUCCUCUUACGGCUAUCUUACGCUGCAAGACAGGAUUCCUUUUUACGUCGUACGAUACCCGCGAUCCUUUGACCCGAGUGCUGGACAAGUUGCUUUGGCAGACCAGCGCCGUGAUCCAGGAACUUAUCUAUCACGACUCAAGCCUGGACAUGGUCAUUUCUUUCGUGCAAGAGACUCAGCCGCACAUUACCAGCAAACAGAAUUUCUACAAGAACUUCAAGAACACUCGUCACAAGAUAGCACAAAGGUUCUCACAUCCCAUGCUCAAAUCCAAUCUGUUCGCAUUUGGACGAAAGAUAAGUGAGCAUCGAAGUUCUAUGCUCCAGGACAUGGAAGCAGGAAGAGAGACGGAGAUAAGAGAUUUUAAUGGCUGGAUCACUGAUAUGGCGCGAUUCUUGGAUACAGAUUUGGAUGUGAGCGUUCAUUCAAGUCUGAUAACUCUCAUUGAGCGCAAGGAAGUUCUCGUUAAGGAUGAGCUGGCAAGUAGGUUGUCAGUCUGA